AUGCUACUCCGAAUCCAGACUCAUGAGGAUACCGCGAGCUGCGAGGCUGUGACCGGUGAGGCGGCGACGGGGACAACCGACUGGAGUAGUGGAGUUGAUCUCGAUGACCAACGACGAGACUCGAUCGGUGAACCCAGAAUGAAAUUGACCAAGGAUUUUUUAGGAGAAAAUAGAAUGACGAAGGUAUACCCGAAACCCAAAAUAUUUACCCUUUACCCGACCCCAAAAAAAAUCGGGUUACCCAAAUACCCGAAAAAGGUUACCCGAUACUCGAAAAAACCGGGCGGGAAGAAGGAAGAAGAUGGGUAUGUUCGUAUGUUCGUAUGGGAUGAAAGAGAGAGGGGUAGGUGGGUGGUGAGGAUGGAUUUCAUAUUCAAGGAGAAUUGGUGGAUUUCAAGGUCCGAUGAUGAUGAUCCUCGCGGAGGUUCAACAACCAUCAGUCGUGGGGAAGAAACAACCACUGGAGGCAUAAGGAGGAAAUAG